AUGCCCCCAGAUAAAGCAAGCAUCCCAUUGUUGCUACACAUGGCAUCCUCCUCCGAAACCUCUGCAGUUCUCAUCGCCGUCUCCUCCUCGUCCUCGUGCGGCUACGACGCCCCUCCGCUGCCUAUUGCUAAGGAAAGCAUGCGGGAUUCUCGAUCUCCACUCUUCUUCUGGUGCCUCGUCUUCUUCUCCCUUUCGCAUCAUGGCCCACUGAAGGUUGAGGCAUUUACUGGAACCUAUGGGAUAAACUAUGGCAGGAUUGCUGACAAUCUUCCUCCACCUGAAAGCGUCGUCACACUUUUGAAAUUAGCAAAGAUAAGGAAUGUGAGAAUCUACGAUGCGGAUCACAGCGUGCUCAAUGCAUUCAAGGGGUCUGGGCUCGAACUGAUCGUGGCCAUCGGCAAUGAGUAUCUAAAAGACAUUAGUGUGUACGAAGAUCAUGCUAUGAGUUGGAUCAAGGAAAAUGUGCAGCCAUUUCUGCCGGACACCCACAUCACAGGAAUUGCAAUCGGGAACGAAGUUUUAGGAGGCACAGAUGAAGAACUGGCAGGAGCUCUUUUGGGUGCCGCAAAAAAUGUGUACAAUGCCCUCGACAGGCUUAAAUUGGCGGGUGAUAUCGAGGUGUCAACGCCACAUUCCGCGGCUGUGUUCGCUAAUUCCUUCCCUCCCUCAUCUUGCAUUUUCAGAGAAGAUGUCCUCGUCUACAUGAGGCCCAUCUUGGAUUUCUUUUCGAAGAUCGGUAGUCCCUUCUAUAUCAAUGCAUAUCCAUUUUUAGCUUACAAAAGUGAUCCUGAGCAUAUCGAUAUCAAUUAUGCUCUUUUCCGGUCGAAUGCCGGAAUCCAUGAUGCGAAGACUGGCCUGCACUAUGACAACAUGUUCGAUGCUCAAAUAGAUGCAGCUUAUGCUGCUCUCGAAGCCGCCGGUUAUGACAAGAUGGAAGUCCGGGUUUCGGAGACAGGUUGGGCUUCCGGUGGGGAUGAAAAUGAAGCUGGAGCCACUCUUCAGAAUGCAAGGACUUACAAUUUUAAUCUCCGGAAACGACUUUUCAAGAAGAAAGGGACUCCACGGAGGCCAAAGAUGGUGGUUAAGGCUUAUGUUUUUGCUUUGUUUAAUGAGGAUUUAAAGCCAGGACCGAGUUCUGAGAAGCACUACGGGCUAUUCAAGGCCGACGGGAGCAUAUCCUACAAUAUUGGCUUACAUGGCCUGAAGCCUUCCAGUGCAUCUCCAUCUCUCUUGUCACUCACGAGAAUUCGUACACGAAGUUGCCUAGGACCAUCUGCCAUGGUUCUCACAUGUUACGUAAUGGUUAUUCUAGCUCUGAUGAUUUGAUUUAGUUUGGCAAGACAAGAAGAAGACUGGACUUGGACAGCGUUUGUUGGAUCCUCUUACCUCCUGUACUAUCU